GGAAAUUCAGAUUUCUUGAAAGCCUUACGAGAGCAGCUGGACAAUUGCAUUCGAAGAUUGACUGAUCCUGAGUCGUAAUUCCGAAGUGAAGCAUUUGCAGGAUCUUGGAUCUUGGGAGCAGGAUCAGGAUAUUGAGAGUUGGACUGGAGAGCCCAUUAUUAAAUAGACGUCAUGCAGGGAGGAGGUUGCUGCUAUGGUUCUGAUGGAAUGUCUGAUGGUGCAGAAGUUUGAGGUGAGGAAGCUGGACCUUUUAGCAGGUUUUAUUUCUUCGGAUAUGGUGAUUUGUUGUGCUUUGACCUGAUACUCAUUCCUAAACUCAAAAAUUCGGAGACUUUGAGUUAGCUCGCGGAGAUCAUAGCUGUCAAGCUCGAAAACUGUGGAGAACCAGUGGUGCUUGAGAUGGUGAACACUCAGCCCCAUAACGCCUGUUAGCUCCUCUCUUACGUUCAUGUAGAGGGGUCUGAGUGCUUGUCAUGUCCUGCGUUGAAAACCUUAGUUUCCAAGCUCACAAAGUACAGGCAGCAUUCAUUUUACGUUGUUGGGUUCACAUUUGGGCAACAAAUUUGGGUGCACAUUGACAUUGAGAAGCUCACUGUCAUCCCUGGAUUUCAUAAUCCUCAAAUUCCUUAGUCCAGUUUGUUGGGGGAGGCACUGAACGGAAUGUUGUACAAUGGGACUGUGCUGCGACCAUGGUUCAUCUGGGGAUUUUGGUUGGGGAGCGUUGUGUGUGUUCAAGCGUAUCCAUCUUUGGAAGCUGAAGCUCUUUUCUGUCUAAAGGCGACGUAUUUUUCUGGAUUGGAGUCGUGGACACUUUCAACAUCUCCCUGUGAUGGCUGGGUUGGGGUGAAGUGUGACCCUGUCACAAAGAGAAUUAUCGAAGUAAAUGUGACCGGGUUGGGAAUUCGAGGCACGGUAACUAGUGAGUUGUGCCUGCUAGAAGAUUUGGGAGUGCUUUGUCUGAGUCAUAACCUGUUCGAGGGCGAGCUGCCGUCGUGUCUGUGGAACAUGACACGGUUGCAGAAACUGGAGGCUGCAAAUUUGAAUCUGAAUGGUUCUCUGUCGGGGAUUUGCAAUCUGGAGAAGCUGGAAGUUUUGGAUCUCAGUUUCAAUGAUGUACGCGGUGACGUGCCAGCUUGUUUGUGGAAUAUGGCACAACUGCGGUCUCUGGACUUGUCCAACAACUUGAACCUCGGGGUGGAGGGUCUCCCCGCCAGUGCUUCUGUGACUCUGCUUCAAAAUCUGGCGCUCUCGAACUUGCAACUAUCUGGAUCGCUGCCUGCGUGGCUGGGCAGCCUACACCAGCUUGAAGAGCUCGACCUCUCUUUCAACAAUAUUUCGGAGCUUCAUUCUUCAGUUGGUAAUUUGUCAAGCUUAAGGACUUUGAACUUGAAGCACAACAAAUUAACACAGAUUCCACCCUCCAUCGAUGGAUUGUUAAGCAUUGUGAAGAUGGACUUUUCUGAGAAUUUUCUGACAAGUGUACCAAGUUCAUUGAGCAAAGCUGUCAGACUAGAAAGUCUCAACCUGAAUUCCAACUAUCUAUCAGCUAUUCCUACCUCUUUGGGAAACCUUCAGUCGUUGAGAAAGCUGCUUUUUGCCUACAAUCUCUGUACCGACCUCCCGUCUUCUUUAGGUGCUCUGGGUAGCCUCGACGAGCUCGAUGCCUCGGACAAUAAACUGGUUGGAUCAUUCCCCGCAUUCAUACAAAAUAUGACCAGUCUGCAGACGCUGAAUCUGGCUGGUAACUAUCUCAGCGGAGAUAUACCCACAUUCGUCUACUCCGGCUCCGGGUUUCGACUUCAGAGUCUGAAUGUUUCCAGAAACUCCUUCAAAGGAAGCGUGCCAGAUUUUUCCUGGGGUAAUUAUUAUGCCAUUCUGGACCUAGCUCACAAUUUGUUUACGGGCGUCCUCCCUCCACUGAAUAACUGCACCUUCAGUCUGCUCCGACUUUCCAGCAACAGUCUGACUGGUGGCAUUCCGCUGUCCUGGAGAAACAGCACUGGCUUGCAAAUGCUCGAUGUAUCCAACAAUCGGUUGACAGGGCCUGUCCCUGGAUUCUUUGGGUUCAUGAAGCUGUUGGAGGUUUUUGAUUUGUCAAAUAAUGAAUUUUCAGGCACUCUGCCUUCUAGUUUGGGAAAUUGCACCAAACUUCAGAGGAUGAGACUUGGGGACAACCUACUCAUGACAGGACCUAUCCCUGCCACAAUGUGCAGUCCAGGAGGUUCGCUGCUGACAUUGUCCUUGGCUUACAGCAACUUUGUGGGUGAAAUUCCAUCAUCGCUGGGUAAUUGCACGGGAUUGAAAGUUCUAGAUUUAAGUGGCAAUCAGUUCAGUGGAAAACUGCCCCUCAGUCUGCAAGAUCUUUCAAGUACAUUACGAGUUCUCAUUGUCGCAGGCAACAGACUAGAAGGACUUUUCCCGGAAUGGAUAGUAAAUCUGAGAUCUCUGCAGGUACUUGACUUGUCUAAAAACAGUUUCGUAGGGAAGCUGCCCAGAGACUACUCUCAGCUGGAGGGAUUCAGGAGUAGUGCAAGGAUGGCCUCGAAGGAUACACUUUACUUUGACGAUCUCAUAAUCAAUUUCAAAGGGGGUCUUUUGGAUCUGCAGUACCUCCUGUCCGCACGAACGUCUUUCGAUGUUUCCAGCAACUUGCUGUUUGGCAAUAUUCCAGACGAGCUCGCAAAAUUAUACGGCCUGUUACACUUGACCCUGUCCGAGAAUAACUUCUCUGGCACAAUUCCCGUCAGUCUAGGUAACUUAUCAAAUCUUGAGUCUCUAGAUCUGUCCAGAAAUAGCUUGUUUGGGGCAAUACCAGAGGAGAUUGGUCAUUUAUCAUCACUGACAUACUUCAAUGUCGCUCACAAUCAUCUUUCGGGAGUGAUACCCUCAGGACCUCAAAUGAGCUCAUUUAACUCUUCGUUAUAUGCUUAUAAUGAUGGCCUCUGCGGUUCUCCCUUGGCCCGUUGUGUCAACACGGCACUUCUUCAGAGCUCCCAGCAGAAUCAUUGGCUUGCAAACAAGUGGAUUUCUUUUCCGGCAGUUUUGGCGGGUGCAGUAAUAGGGUUCUGGACAAUGUCUGCGAUCAUUAUCCUCAACAGGAGUCUCAGGGUAUUCUUCCUCCAGGCUCCAUCUGGGAAGGCCUAUAUCAGACACUACACUAACGGAAGACCAUAUGGUAUGUACAGACCUCCGAAGUGAGGCACAUAUCCACUGUUGUCUCGAUGAGACAUACAUUUUGUAAGAGAGUGGAACUUCAUAAGAAGUUUUGGAGGAGAGUUCUUCUGAAACGUGUCGGCAUGUCGUUCUAUGAACUGGUAACAUGGGAAAUGAUAUCAAUUCAGUGUGCACAGUUUUGGCAUUUGUCGAAUCUUAAAACGU